AAAAAUAAUAAUGGUGAUGGUGGGCCGUUCUAUAAACUUCAAUCAUUAAUCAUAGCACACAAAAUUCCAAACUUGAGAAAUAUAAUCAGUGGGCUAAACUCUAAAGUCUCUCUACCUUUCUCCAUCUCCUUCUUCUUCUUCUAUCAGAUUCUUUCUUUCCUAUUACCUUUGCCUUCUUCUUCUUCCUUUCCUCUUUCUCUAUCUUCCUCUCAAUUCUUUUACUGUUUAUUUUCUUUGUAAUCAACAACAGUUUAACUCUUCUUCUUCUUUUCUUUAUCAAGAACAGUAGUUUCUCAAUUCUUGAUUAUGAUACUAAGCAAGAGACCUCAUCUAAUGAUCCGUAAAUUGUCUGAGAUGUUGGUUCCAAGAAGCAGAUCUGCUGCUAUUAAACCGGAGGAGUACACGGCCAGUCCGAGAAGUCCGUUGGAUUUGAACUUCCCCUCCCCGGUUCACUCGAAGCGGUUCGGUUCUGGUGGUGUCGGUUUGGGUAUUGUUGCUGCGUUGGAGGAAACUAGCAACGGGAUUAACCGGCAUGAUCCGGUUCGUUACUCCGGGAGAUUCAGGUGCCCGGAGAUUGAUCUGUCGGAUGAGGAAUACACUUAUGUUACGAGCCCAAACGGGCCGACCAAAGUGUAUUACAACGACGACGGGUUUGAAUUGUCUGAAAAUGAUUAUCGGAGAGUUCAUAAACCGAUGGUUACCGUCGAUGAACCACCGGUUAUUGAAAGACAGAGUGUUAGGGGUCCAACAGAGUUUCUGAGUUCGUGUUGCUUGUGUAAGAAGAAACUUCAAGGCAAAGACAUAUACAUGUACAAAGGAGAGAUGGGAUUUUGUAGUGCCGAAUGCAGAUCAGUGCAAAUAAUGAAUGACGAACGACAAGAGCAAUGUAAAACGCAAGUUUCAAGAAACGCCGACGUUUUGAGCUCUCCUUACGCCGCCGGACAGAGAUUAUCUGCCGGAGUAUUCGUAUUUUAGGAUGAUCACAAUUCACAAUAAUACGAAGAGAAGUAUAUUUUAUUUAUAUAUAAAAAAAAAAGUGAUCAUCAUUCCAUUUUACCUUAAUAGAAGAAAAAAGGUUAGAAAAUAACAAAAAAAAAAAAAGUGAAAUUUUUGGUUAGGUUAAAAAGCACAUUGUAUAGAAGUUUGCUUUUUGUUAACUUUUAAUACCGAGUAAUGUUUAUGGCUUUUCCUCGGAAUCACAUAAAUCAAUAAUCAUUUCGUGAAAUAGCUUUGUAGAACAAGUAUGUAUGUAUAUAUGCCAAUUUCUCAAUUCCCUGUAUCCAAAACAUUGAAUCAAUCAAUUGAAAAUGUAAGAUUGUGCAAUACACAUGUCUUUUUUUGUUUUUUCCACAAGUCUAAAACUUUGUGGCUAGAAGACUUGUUUGAAUAUGUUUA